CCGCGCUGGGGAGGGCGGCGGGGGAGGAGGAGGAGGGAGGCUGGUGCCCGAUCCAAGAUGGCGGUGCAGGAAUCAGCUGCUCAGCUCUCAAUGACUUUGAAGGUGCAGGAGUACCCCACUCUCAAGGUGUUAUAAGCUAACACAGUUGAGAGGAAGCACAUCACUUUUCUGACCCUUGAAAGGAGAGCAUAUCUCUGUUAAGGUUUCCCCCAUCUAAUCUGGUGCCAUAUGAAACACUGAACAAACGGUUUCGAGCUGCACAGAAAAACAUUGAUCGAGAGACAAGUCACGUUACAAUGGUCGUGGCGGAGCUGGAGAAGACGCUGAGCAGUUGUCCUGCUGUGGAUUCAGUUGUAAGUCUCCUAGAUGGAGUAGUUGAAAAACUCAGCGUGCUGAAACGAAAGGCAGUUGAAUCGAUCCAGGCUGAAGAUGAGAGUGCAAAACUCUGCAAACGUAGGAUUGAACACCUGAAAGAACACAGUAGUGACCAGCCAGCUUCUGCAAACAUGUGGAAGAAGAAACGUAUGGACCGUAUGAUGGUAGAACACCUCCUACGCUGUGGCUACUACAAUACAGCUGUAAAACUAGCAAGACAAAGUGGUAUUGAGGACUUAGUAAAUAUUGAGAUGUUUUUGACUGCUAAAGAAGUGGAAGAGUCAUUGGAAAGACAAGAGACUAUGACUUGCUUGGCUUGGUGUCAUGAUAACAAAUCCAGGCUCAGGAAAAUGAAGAGUUGUCUGGAGUUCAGCCUAAGGAUUCAGGAGUUCAUUGAACUCAUUCGGCAGAACAAGAGACUGGAUGCUGUGAGACAUGCAAGGAAGCAUUUCAGUCAGGCUGAGGGAAGCCAGCUGGAUGAGGUUCGACAAGUGAUGGGGAUGUUGGCUUUUCCUUCAGACACUCAUAUCUCCCCCUAUAAGGAUCUCUUGGACCCUGCUCGAUGGAGAAUGCUGAUACAGCAGUUUAGAUAUGAUAACUACAGACUACAUCAGCUGGGAAACAAUUCUGUUUUUACUAUAACACUCCAGGCAGGCCUUUCAGCUAUAAAAACACCACAGUGCUAUAAAGAGGAUGGGAGUUCAAAAAACCCAGACUGCCCUGUGUGUAGCAAAUCCCUGAACAAGCUGGCUCAGCCUCUGCCUAUGGCACACUGUGCCAACUCCCGACUAGUCUGCAAGAUUUCGGGGGAUGUAAUGAAUGAAAAUAAUCCUCCCAUGAUGUUACCAAAUGGAUAUGUCUAUGGAUACAAUUCUCUGCUUUCUAUUCGUCAAGAUGACAAAGUAAUUUGCCCAAGAACCAAAGAAGUCUUCAACUUCUCACAAGCUGAGAAAGUCUACAUCAUGUAGGUCUGUAAAAACACAAGACGAAGUGCCGCUGGAAUCUUGACACAGUGUACAUUGGCAUUCCCUGUAAAGGGGGGGGCCUUAAUGUGUGGCAAAGAAGCAAAACCUGCCACCUUGGUGAUCAGACCUGUCGGUGGCAUUAUUGUUUCUUGCGACCAAAGAUCAAUGAGCAACAAUAAACACUCUUUAAACAAAAGAAAAGAGGAAUUAUGACUUAAGUUUGUACUUGAAUAAAAACAAAAAGAAACUUUGA